AUGGUGUUCAGUGAAGUGCCUAGUGGAGCUUCCUGGGAAACUCCCGGGAAUCCUUUUCAAGAUCAACCGGUCGGUGCCGAAUCUCAUUCGCUUAUAUUUUUUAUUAAAUUAUUGGAGUUGAACAAUUGUAAUGAGAACGAACAGUACACCGUUUCCCUACAUUGUGCUGGUGGUGGUGAUAGUGUUACCGGGACAAUGGACGUUUUGAAGGAGGAGAAACCGGGAGAUGUUGUAAGCUUACAAGCGGAUAGGGAACAGUUUAUUCGCUUUCUGAAGGAAAAUUCCAUAAAUGUGUGCAUUAAGUCGAACGACUCCACCGUUUACAAGGGCGUGCUUCACCUAAAGGACACGAAUGUAAUGGAUUUCGAUUGCACUGCCGGAAGUGGAUCACCGGUGGAAGAGCAAUUGCUCUUACACGACGAUGACAACGAAGUGGUGGGAACGCUAACGAUGGUGCUGCAAGUCGUUCAUAAAGUUGCGUUAGCAGAUCCCACGACUACUCCCGACAUUAUUUAUCGCAUAAACGACAACAAGCUUAAAUCGGCAGACAAGCAGGAAGCGGAACUGCGCCGGCUGCUCGUCUGCCCUGAAUGCAGCAUGCCAAGGUCUUCAGACGGGUCAGGUUGCGGGUAUGAGAUUAUUGAUGGAAUUUUGCAUCGAAGGGGAAUAUCCAGCACGGAGAAGAUAAUCGAACAGAUUAAGGAGAAGAUUAAUCGUGUUCAGCUUGAUGAAGUCAUCGGUCAACGGGAUGCAACGCCUAGUGAUGGCAUUGAGCCGAACUGCAAAUUUUGUGCUGAAUGCGGUGGAAUGACCGUUACUGGAGAAACAUGCAAACCAGCUGCUGGUUUCCGAUCCAGUCAAACACGAUCAUUGCACCAGAUUCCGGAAAAUCGCCAAAGCGGAUAUGUCGGUGAUAAUGCUCCUACUAUUCCAGCACCUACCAAACGAACUUCAAAGAUCCGCUGUUGUGAGCGUUGCAAGGCCUGUCUGGAUUGGCUACCAUCCCAGUGCUGCUGUCCAAAGUGUGGCUACAAACCCCACAAGGAGGAAUCUUUGGCAAAAUCUAUUCUGCCAACCUACUUCAACGACCCGUCCGACAUGGCACCGUCACCCAAUGAAAAGACGCCAUCUUUCUACGGUUCGAACACUAUGGUAGCUUCUUCCCAAUCGUGUCGAUUGUGCCACAUUUGCCAAACUCGUUGUAUCGAUUGUGCAAACCAGAUUAGCCAGAAGGAUGAUACCAAAACAACCAGCUCUUUCAGCUGUUUACCUCGUCAGAUUAAAUCUGCAACCGCUCCAACAACGGCCACAAAGGCAAGACCUGUUACCCGUCGGCCGUGGCGUACCGGUCGUCCAUCCCACGGUCCCAAACCAGACUCCGUUAAACUUGGUUCGAUCAAAGGGAAACGUACGAAAGAGAUGCAAGAGGCAUAUGGCAACAAAGAUUCUACCAAUCUGCCGACUGCCGAAGGCAGAGCUCUGGUCAGUGCGGGACAGAUUCGCAAAAACUACAACGGAACUAUAAGGAAAAUUAAGCGUCAAAAUCGCAAACUCUACUCGUACCGGUUCGGAAAGCGUCAUCCAGGUAUUGUGGUUGGGCAUCGUACAUGCAUGAAACAGGAUCCGCUCGUACCGCCCCAUAUGGGUUGGCAGUGGGAUAUUUGUCCGCCGGGGAUUGACAAACGACGUCCAGGAUGGCGACCCGGCGCAGUACGCCGACCCAUAAGGGAGUUGAUGCAACACUUCCUAAAAUGCUACCCAUUGGACAAUGUGCCCGUUUCGAAGGAAAAAUCGGUCGGCUUCCAUACAGACGAUCCAUCGCAAGGUGAUCACAAGCAGAAACCAACGCUGCUCAUCACAAAGAAGCAUGGUGUCUACUCGAUUACGAUGAAUCCGCUGAAGGACUCGGAGACGCUCAAAACCACCGACAAUCCCUAUCUUGCCGGCAAACCGAUUAAGUUCAAGCUCGCCAAAGAUCCGCAGCUCACGAAGCUCUAUCAGUUGCGCGAUGCACUCAAGCGCAAAGGUCUGCCACUCUGCGGCUGCAAGGAUCUAGCGAGCUGCGAUCAUUGUACCGAUCGGGAGAAACGACUUCUGACGGAGGAGAUUCGGCGCACGUCGAAGGUGUUGGGACUGUCGGCGAAAACUUCCAUCGGUGAUGUACCGAGCGAAAGUGAAAGCGUGCUUGACGUGGAGUUUACACCUCCGUCGGCCAUUAUCCGAUCAGAUAUUCCAAAGCCCGAUCUGGUGGUGGCCGAAACGCAGUACAAUGUUCAGGACUUCCAACUCAAACCCGUAGCCGAUGGGAAAGACGUAAAAUCUAAAGCUUCCAGAGUACGUGGUGGAGUAUCACAUCAUGGGAAAGGUGACGCCACCUCCAAGGCAGCUACUGGGCCGGGUUCGAAAAAUGUGACCCAAAAAGGAGGACCAGCGAAGAAGGCGAGUGCCGUUGGUCCGGAGGCCACGAACACUAAAGUUCGCAUAUCGGUCGCGAAAGCUAAAAGACCUGGAGCUGCAGUGAAGGGAAGCGAACCUGCUGGAAAGGGCAGCAAAAACACGUCCGGAGUUUUGCCGCGGUCCACCCAAGGACAGCAGGGAGGACCACGGCAUAGCGGUGCUGCUGUUCGAGAAGGUGCGGGCAACCGCUCCAACCAGCGCUCCACCAACGGUAAGAACACCGGCAACAGCAACAGCGCCCAGGUUCACGUUCAGCAGCGGAGUACCCUGUCAAAGGCGAACCCAAUCGGGAUGGAAAGCGCGUUAGUUUGCCAUCGAAAUCCGACUGGACCGCAAAGCCUGACUGUGGGUUGUUGUCCAACGGUCACCUACUGCUGCUAUCCAACACAAUGCUUACCUUAA